GACCCCUGGGCUCGCUCCCUUGGGCUCGAGACGCCCCUCCCCCGGGCCCGCCGCCGAUCCGACCAGGCGCCGCAUGGCCGCCGACGUCGAAGGCAUCCACGGCGAUGCGGCCCGCGGUGGCGAGCUGGGCGCGGGCGCGGCGGCCGGGGCGCAGCAGGGCGAGGACUGCGACCUGGGCGGCGGCUGCGGCGACGGCGGCGGGCCCGCCGAGUCCUGGGCCGACGUCUUCUGCCGGCCCGCCGCGGGGCCCCCUGAGGCAGUCGGCGGCGUCGCGGAGAGCCGUGACGUUGGCGCCGGCGGUGGCGCCGCGAGAGUGCACUUGGAGGCCGUCGGCGGCAUCGCCGUGGGCCCCGACACCCCUGUUGGCGGCGCGGCGGCGGGCGUGGAGGCCGAAACGCAGGCUGGCGGCGGCGAGGCGGAGGGCGGCCUCCUGGCGGACCUCUGCGCCGAGGAUGCGGCCCGCGUGGCGGACUUCCUGCACGCCCUCCGGGGCGCCGGCGGCGCGGCGGACGCCUCGACCGUGGAGGCCCUGCUGCGGCUACUGAGGUCAUUGCGGGCGCCCCACGCCCCGCGGGCGCUCCUGGACGCCCUGCGGCGGGAGCAGCCCGCCCUCUUCGAGCGGCUGCACGCGAGCAUGCGCCGCACCGUGCAGCGCACCGCCGCGCCGGCGCCGGGCAGCGGCGCCGCCACCGAGGCCUCGGAAACGAGGGGCCGCGCCGCCAUGGCGGACACCCCGCUGCUGCCCACGGGCCCUGGCUGCUGAGCCGCUGAGGCUGCGCGGCCGAGCCGCUCCGCGCGGGGAGGCACGCGCGCCGCGGCCCUGUGGCCCUCCGCGGGGCCGAGCGUCGGACGCACCCAAAAAGCCCCUUGGCCCUCCUCGGCCCUCCUCGGCCCUCCUCCCCUGAGC